AUCUGUCUCUAUGUUUUUCAUGUGUAUGGAGUAGUUUAUAUACUCGCUUUGCUAGUGACAGAAUCAUGUCCGUGCACUGCUACCAGCUACAACGAAAUACUUUCAAAUGAACAACUAAACACGUCAUUUUUCUUCCGUCAGAAAACGGAACAUAUUUUAAUGAAGGUGUUACUCCUAGAUCCGAGUGAGGAGUUUAUUUCUUGUUGAACUAAAAAACGACGUCCGUUCAAUCCGUCCGCUUAAUCUGUCGUAUUAUUGGAGGAACAUAACAUACGAACUUCAAGAUGUUUAAUGAUUGCUGGCCCUGCAUGAUUUUUCUGACCUCAAAGAAAAAUGCAAGUAAUGAUAUUGGUGAGAGCAAAAAGAUAAUGAGUAUUUGGGAUAAGGUAAAGCGUCGUCUCGGUACGGAUACACACGCUGGAUUUAUCCCUGCAGUCAACCCAGAAGCCGUGUUCGCCGAGGAUCACUACACAAGGUUUUCACUUCUAUUACUUGAGCCUGGGGAGAUCUAUUUUGAGGAUUUCAGUGCAUUCUAUUACCCAUGUGACGUCCCUGAAGAUGAGGCCAUUAAAAGGAAGCAGAGAGGAAGGUUAAAAAUGUGUUCCAAGUCAAUAUUAUUUGACCCAAAUGACACAUCAUUACCCAUACUCAAGUUUCCUUUAAGAGAGUGCCUGAAAAUAGCUCAGUGGAAUGGGCCACUGUUAUCACGAAUUGAUAGUAAGGGAGAUGUCCUGGUCAUAGAAUCCAAACAAGUCAUCAUGAUGAAGGAAAGCAAUGUAGUAGCUCCAUAUACCUUCCAUAGAGGAAAGAAGAAAUAUCUAUUUUCAUUCCAUUUUGCAGCAUUAGGCUUUGUUCUUCCACAACUUGAACAGCUACAUCGAGCUUCCACAUUAUCACCAGCAGAUCAACUUGUAAUGAUAAAUACAAUAGUCCAGUCAAGACAAGCCAGAGUCAGUUUCAAUACUAGUAGAUUAGAAGAUUUAUACGAAAAAAUAGUUAUGGAGACCACAGCAAAGAGAAUCACCCCACUUGUAUGUAACCCUGGCCGUGUCAUGCUCACCUCAUCUAGACUGUACUUCCAGCCAUUCAAUAAUGCCGACCCAUGUCCAGUGGUCAAGUGUAAAUUAUCACAAAUAAGCCGAGUCGUCAAGAGAAGAUACCUAUUACGGCACGUGGGAAUAGAAAUUUUCUCAAAGGACAGCUCCCAGAUGUACCUUGUGUUAAACUCACAAAGCGACAGAGAUCAGUUUUAUCGAGAGCUCCUAAAACAACCAGAUGUCAAUUUAGAUGAUACAGAGCAAGAGAAUAUGACGCUUAAAUGGCAAAAUGGUGCAAUAACGAAUUUCGAUUAUUUGAUGUAUUUAAAUAGUUCGUCAGAUCGCAGUUUUAAUGACCUGACACAGUAUCCCGUAUUCCCGUGGGUAAUAGCAGACUACACAAGCUCUCAGCUGGACCUCAGGGACCCACUUACAUUUCGAGACCUCGCUAAGCCCAUAGGAGCACUUAACCCGAACCGCCUGAACCAGCUAAAGGAGCGUUGUAGAGAUAUGACAGAGCCCAAAUUCCUAUACGGCUCCCACUAUUCUACGCCUGGAUAUGUGCUGUACUAUUUAGUCCGAGUCGCCCCUGAGUUCAUGCUUUGCUUACAAGGCGGGAAGUUCGAUCAGCCCGAUAGAUUGUUUAACAGUAUCCAGGAGACCUGGGAAAACGUGUUGACAGGACACGCGGACGUCAAAGAGCUUAUUCCAGAGUUCUACCAGUCGUCCGGAGAGUUCUUGGUGAAUUGCCAAAACCUACCUCUUGGCAUGAAGCAAGAUAAAAGUAAUGUCGGCGACGUGGAGCUUCCAGCCUGGGCUACAGAUUGCGAGGAUUUCAUUCGUAAAAACCGCGAGGCGCUUGAGUGUCCAUAUGUGUCUGAGCGGCUGAACCACUGGAUUGACCUGAUCUUUGGCUACAAGCAGCGUGGCGAGGAGGCCUGGGAGGCAGAUAAUGUAUUUUACUAUCUUACUUAUGAAGGGGCAGUCGAUUUAGACAGUAUAACAGACCCUAAUGAGCGAGCAUCGCUAGAGUCUCAGAUCCUGGAAUUCGGUCAGACGCCCAAGCAGCUCUUCACAAGUCCGCACCCACAAAGACUGGUAUCAGCAACUCCUACAAUGGGAGCGAGUCCGUCACCUCUUGUUCACAGUGUCGUAAACGGGACUUCAGAGCAGCACAGCGCACGGGAGAACCACGAGACAAUACCCGUGGUCCACGUCAACGUUGAUUUUGAGGGCAGCCAGCUUAGUAAUGACGCGAUGGCGCCCUGGACCCGCAUGGAGAGCUUGGACAAGUCCUCCGCACACAAGCUUCACAAGGAGAAAUCUAUGCAAGCUGAAGUCAAUGUAAACAUUGUCAACACUCGCAUCACGCGCCACCGAAGCACGGUGACUGCCGUUCGUUUGUCUAGGGACUGUAGACACGUCUUCUCUGUCUCUCAAGACACACAACUCAAGAUGUACUCUAUCGAGGAGAAGCAGCAAGUGCGUGGUAUCAACCUGUCAUCCAUGCCCCUGUCGUCCUGUGCCAUCAUGCCAGAUGCAAAGACUAUCGUCGUGGGGUCAUGGGACAAUAAAAUCUAUAUCUACUCGGUUGAGUAUGGCCGAGUCCUGGACACGACCACAGGACACGAUGAUGCUAUCUCGUGUCUAUGCUGGAAUGAUGGUAUCCUUGUGACGGCUUCCUGGGACUCAACGGUCAAGGUUUGGAAGUUCAUGCCGGCGCCUGAGGGUAGAAAACCCGCACCUCCCUCUAUCCUGGCGGAGCUGGACCACGAUACAGAGGUGAACUCCGUGGAUCUAGAUCCUACCAACACUCUUGUUGUUACUGGGACUAUGGAUGGGAAUGUUUUGCUGUGGAAUAUCGACCAGCAGGCAAUUAUCAGCAAUCAUUCAGUCCACAGAGAGACUGUCCACUGCGUGCUUUUUAGCCCAGACGGUCAGCGGAUAUUCUCGUGUGGCGCGGAUCACUUCAUGCGGGUCAUUGAUGUACAUACGGGGACUGAGGUUUUUUGUAAAGACGUUGGAGAGGAGAUCAGGUGCGCUGUGUGGGAUGGUCAGAUGGUACUGGCUGGAGGCGAGUCGGGCGAUCUCCAGGUUUGGGAUUUGUUCCAUGUGCAGCAAAUUACCAAGAUAAAAGCACACCAAGGUGCCAUCCGUUGUAUCGACGUAUCUGGUGAUGGGUGCACCGUAGUGACAGGCGGGGAGGACGGACAAGUCAUCCUGUGGAAAAUAAAAGUGUAGCUAAGGACAGAGAAGAGCAAUUGGUAAAGCUGACGUACCACGUGGGAUCGAGUAAUAAUACUGGUGGACAAGUGCAUUAAAGAAAAAUGCUAAGCUCCAGUACUCUGAAAAUGGGGUCUAUCUCGCCUGACUACUUGCGAAUAACUGUCUUGGUUUAACAUUGUUUGAGCAAUAGCAAACAAUCGCACCACAGAAAUUUACCUGCUUUUUUUACCUGUGAGUUUCUGCGAGUUGUGGUUGGAGGUAAUUCCCGGUUCAACUGCGCCUGCCUUGGUCUCCUACGCCUGUCGUCGAUACGGCCACCUACAAUGGUUCACAUUUUGAUAAAACGUUGCGGCUUUAGCUAGAAAUGCGAGUUUCACAGGAUUUGAAUUGCUAGCUAGCUAUAAGUGGAUAUUGUGACGAUAUUUAUUAAUGGACGUUGAUAUUUUUUAGAAUUUGAAUUUUGCAAAGACUUGAGCAUCUUCUACGGCAUAAAGCCAGGCGUUAUAACAAUAACCCAAAAGAUGAAAAACAGAAUAAAUAUUGAAAUAUGA